GCGCCGUGUUGGGGGCGGAGCCUGCUCGGCUGGGACACGGAGAGGAAGAGCGGAGGCGACACGGACGGACGCCCUCGCUCGUCUUCAUCGUCUAGCGGCUGUUUCCAAAUGGCAACGACAGCGGACGACCAGCGGGAACCGGAGGACGUCGCCGCGUUGUCGACGCACCACGGCGGCCACCUCAACAGCAACGGCAACAACAACAAUAACAACAACAACAACAAAGACAGCGAGGCGGGAGAGAGCGCGACGUCGGCCACCACCAGCACCACUGAAGCCGGCGGGACGGCGUCGCAGAGCAUCGGUAACGGCUCGGUCAUCAACCCCACCGGGGGGAACAACGGGAAGUGGGUCCGGCUGAACGUCGGCGGCACGGUGUUCCUCACGACGCGGCAGACCCUCCUCAAAGAGCAAACCUCGUUCCUCUACCGACUGUGCCAACAGCAGGACCUGCACUCGGACACGGAUGACUCUGGAGCCUACGUGAUUGACCGAGACCCCACCUACUUCGGUCCCAUCCUCAACUACUUGCGGCAUGGCAAACUGGUCUACAACAAAGAGCUGGCUGAAGAAGGGGUCCUGGAGGAGGCUGAGUUUUACAACAUCACCCCACUGAUCAAACUGAUCAAGGAGAGGAUCGUGGAGAGGGACUCCAAAGCCACACAGCAGGUGCCCCCCAAGCAUGUGUACCGAGUGUUGCAGUGCCAGGAGGAGGAGCUCACCCAGAUGGUCUCCACAAUGUCGGACGGCUGGAAGUUUGAGCAGGUCAGCGUGCGCGCCUGCAGAAAGCCCCGCACCGGACUGCUCUGGACUAUGGUGAACAUCGGCUCGUCGUACAGUUAUGGAACAGAGGACCAGGCCGAGUUCCUGUGCGUAGUGUCCAAGGAGCUUCACAGUCCGGGAUCUGCACUGGCUACGGAGCACAGCCACAAAACCAAGCCGGCGGAGAUGCAGGAGGAGGAAGCCAAUGAGGAGGAGGAGGAGGAGGAGGAGGAGGGAGGGAGAGAUACUACGCCAAAUGAGUGGCUUAGAGAAUGAGGGAGUCAUAUUUCAUUGUUCCAAAGAGAGGCGGGAAUGGGUGAGGAACUGCGCGAUUGAUGUGCUAGUGGGUAGACCUCCUAGAUUUUAGUGUUUGUAUACAUGUGUGUGAUGUCUACAGAGAUCCGGGGUGUUUUAUGGCGCCGCAUUGAGUAUGACCUCUAAGCUGUUCCUGUAGUAAACCCAGUGCUGGCUGAACAUUAAAUAUGCCUCAAAGACAAAUGCAGAGAUACCUGAAGUUUUUCUUAGCUUUCAUCUCGUUAUUUAAAUGGAACAUCACUUCAUGAUGGCGGAGAUGUUUGUCUCUUUUACAAGUCACCUCCUGGCCCAUUGCUCUGAUUUUGAGAAGCCAACACAGCCAUUGUCUUUUUUCUGUCACUGUGCGACCACAAAGUUGGCAAGAAAAGUGGAAACUCUCAUUUUGAAAGAGAUUUUAGUUCAUAGAUGAUGUACUAAUUUAUUCUACAGAAACAUAGAAUCAUCGCUCUGCUCUACUGACGCUAAGUAACAGAAAUCUCAUCAAUGUUUCCGUCACAACCCUCCAGUCCGGAUGCUGUGCAGUAAUGACUACCUGGCGAGUGGGGAUUCAAAUAGAUUUGUAGCUGUAUUUAUCUGUAUAAUGCGUCAGAUAACAAGUAUUUAAGUUCAUUAUAUGUGGUCCCUGUCAAAUAAACUUGAAAAUAAAUAGUGAAUGAAGGAAUGACCAGCACCACCUCCCUGGUCAAGAAAGACCCACAUGCUGUUUGUCGUGGUGACUUGCACCAGUUUGUGCAUGUGUGUAAACACGGACAUGCUUAUUCUGGUCCAGGAGUGACCCGGCACAGCCUUCCUAGAUAUUGAUUGGGCACUAUGUCUCUAUGGGCUCUCGUUACCAAUGCUGUGGCAUGAAAUAUCCCGACCUUCCAGUGCAGCAGUAGUGUCGGAUGUCCUUCCCACUCUGUGUACACACUGGAUGAACAGUCUCAAUUUAGAGCCGCAUACAGUCACACCCAGCACGUAAUGGACACAUAUGCAGACAUGUAAACCUCCAGAAUCAAGUAAAUGUUAAAGGGGCACACAUUUUUAAUAAUAAGUAAUAAGUGGUGAAGACAUGGCUGUGUUUUUGUUGAUGUUUCCAGCCAUUAUGCAUGUUAGUAAAGCCAUUUGCUCUCAUUGUGUCACCAUUUUCCUCAUUGGCAUCAUCACAGCCAAACCACAGCAUUAGAUUGUAUUAAAUGUUAAUAGAUUAGAGUGCCAUGGAUCUACAACUCCCUAAUCUCUGUUUUUCUCAUAUUCCACAGCUUUUCCAGAUCCAUGGGUCCCGAAUGUAGAAAUCCCAAUAAUUUAAAGUUUUGUAUUUUUUUUCUCGGCUUACAUGGUGUGUAUGUGCGUCAAUCGACAGUCAUCCAAACAGAUUUGUAGCAUUAUCAGUUCAUUGACAAAAUGCCUGUUAGAAGGAUUACCAGAUGGACCAAAAAGAAAGGAAAUUAAUCUCCCUGUCAGGCACAGCAAUAUCUUCAAAAAUAUUUUUCAGUGAAACUACUUUUAUCAGUAGAAUUAAACGUGUUGGUUUGGCCAACGUCACAUUGCCAAGAUCAGUAGUGGAGUUUAGUCAAAUAUAACCAAAGAUCCAGAUUAAAGCGGGCUGAACCAGACGAUGACAGAAGAAAAUUGACCUUGUCGUCGUUUCUGCGUCACCGCAUUCUGAUACAUGACGCGUGUGGUGCAUCUUUGGAUUAUCCCAUUUCCUAAUGUUACCACAAUAACGUUGUUCCCACAGUCUGCUCAUUUGUUUUGCACUUGAGGCAGACGCUUUGAGACAAAACAACCGCACGGGUUAGCGCUGACGGUUUGAUCUCGUGGUACGAGAUCAAACCGUCAGCUUAGACAUUUCUUGGUUCAGUCGUGUCCGGAUUGACAGAUGGAAACGAUGUAGCUGUGGACCGACAACCCUCACAGAGGUUUCCCUCCGCCUACAGACAGAAACAGUUGUCGUAUCUUUCAAGCGGCAGUGAUGUUGAAGAAUGAUGUUUGAAGGAAUCUUCCGCGGACACUGUUCUUUCUUGUAUGAUAGAGUUUAUUACAGGAAUCACAGGUCAUAACCAGCGACUAGUCAGCCCGGAGACUUCGCAGUCAAUCGGAAGGUCUGCUGUCCAGUGCGAGGCAGCUGGUUUUAUAGAGGCGAUAUUGUGACAAAAACACACCGUCCCCCAGGGACCUCUAAUCUAAAUACGUAUGUUUCAGACCCAAGAACGAGCACCAUACAUCAAAACUUGAGAUAACAUAACGUCACGCAGAGGCCUCUAACCUAAAUACAUAUUUUCCAGACACAAGAAUGUGUACCAUAUAGCAAAACUGAAGAUAACAUACUGUCAUGCAGAGGCCUCUAAUCUAAACACACAUGUUCCAGACACAAGAACGAGUACCGAGUACUAGGUACGGACCGAUCCUCCAACAGGUCAACGGGCAUUCUUUCGAGCUUCUAAGGAAGCUGAGAAUAUACCACACACGCUGACAAACACCUGCAUCAUGUCGUGCCGGUGCUUGCUCAGCAGCAGCGUCUCAGUUUUGUCGCCCUGGCUGAGAUCCAGAGCCAGCAUUGGACCCAGCUGACAGAGAGGUGUCAGAAAAGGCUGUAAUGGAGGAGGGGGG